AAUCAGCUUUACUACUGCUCGUAGCAGCUUCAAUUGUUCCUCGAAUCAUUUCGUCCUAUCAUACAACAAAACCUUCACUUCCUUUCCCACUCUAGUUGAUUAUGGCGGAAACAUGCAAAUGUGCUCUAUUUAUUCUUGCACUUAUUACUUGCUUUCAAAUUCUGUUCACUGAAGGCAGGCCAAUCAAGUUAACGAAUAAGCAGGAACUUGUUUCCAUUGGAAAGGACUCCAUAGAAGAUGUGGUCAAGCAGGGUUUGAAUACCAAAUCACACUACAACAAUGCGAAGAACCAGAAAGUUUCUCUACCUGCACCCCCAGUUACUCACAAUCCUAGUGUUCACCAUUCCAAGGCGGGCAGAAAAGAAAUACCCCAUCCUGCAGUCCUGCGCUUUGGCAAUUCUGCUGCUGUUUAUAAGGAUGAUUCAACACCGGGCGUUAAUCCUGGUAUUGGGCAUCCAAAGACUAUAGGGACUAACUCCAACAGCGAACAUUCUCUCACUGACUUCAAAGAUGAUUUCCAGCCAACAACACCAGGUCGCAGUCCUGGGGCUGGCCAUGCUCUUGCCAAUGAUGAUGAUGAUGACAAUGAGGAAGUUUCUCCAAAGGCACCUGGCUCUGGUAUCGAACGUUCUGGUACAGCAUUCAAACCCACAACACCAGGCCACAGUCCUGGGAUUGGCCAUCUCUUUUCAGAGAAUGACAGUGAAGGUACUGACCCAAAGGCGCCUGAUACUAGCUCCAGUUCCGGAGAUUCUGUCACAGCAUCCAAACCAAAGACAACUGGUAACAGCCGUGGUAUUGGCCAUAAGUUAUCAGCAGAUAAGAGUGAAAUUACUGCCUCAAAGGCUGUCAGCAUUGAACAUUCAGUCACAGGAGUCGCAGAUGAUUUCCGACCUACAGUACCGGGUCACAGCCCUGGGAUUGGUCAUGUUCUACGAAACACGAACGAAGAACGGAAAGCAUAGAACAUGGAAUGUUGAUGUCAUAGACGAAUGGGUGGGUGCUCAUAUUAAGGAACAAACAAAAAGAGCAUGGACAUAUAUAGAUUGCAUAUGAAGCAUUAUUAUUUGGUAACAUGUAAAUGCCCGAGUCAGCUAGGUGAUUUCCAUUAAUCCUGUUCAUACGA